UGAAUUUCAAAUGAGUGUCGUACGAUAGCCUGCAGCUUCAAAAACGUGAAUCGUCAGCCUGACUCAGCCAGUCAAACCGCUAUGAGAAACAGUUGUCUUUCUUUAAUAUGGCUUUUGCAGUUUUGGUUUAUUUUAUGGUUUUUUAUGUUAGCAUUAACACAAUGCCAAACCGGAUUGAGAGAUUGCAGUCUUAAAGGUGACUGCAAAUUUGUAUGUCCCAAUAUCCCCGGCUACAGUGACGAUGUCGAGAUAGAUUUAUCAUCUUUAGACUCCCCGAACGGUCCAAGGUUUAAACACAUAAGUGAUUCACAAGGCGGAGACUACACCUAUAGCUGGAACCCCUGUACCAAAUAUAGCAGUAAUGGCUGCAAAAAUGUCCAUGCUUGCCAAUUUACUGAUACAACACAUUAUUCCCUUGGCUCAUUGCUGCUGGUAUUUUAUUCAACUGAAAGCGGACUGUGCAUAAUGCGUUAUCUAAAUGGUGAUGGUGGCAGAGAGCUAAAAGUCACAUUGCGUUAUGAAGCAAACGAGGAAGGAAGAGUGCCUGGCAUUAAAGAAGAUCACCAACAAUAUACAAUGACGCUAUACACUAAAUAUGCCCCACACCAUGGAGGGAGUGAUGAUAGUGGUGGUGGCAUUAGCAUCGGAACUAUUCUUUGCAUUAUAUUUUUCACGGUUCUUGUCCUUUACCUUGGAAUUGGGAUAACAUAUAAAUAUAGACGAGGCGCCCAAGGAAAAGAUAGGAUUCCUAAUUAUGAAUUCUGGGCGAAAAUGGUUGGAUUGAUCAAGGAUGGCUGUAUCUUUUCUGCGAAGAAAACAAAGGGUUGUAUUUCAAAUGCAAUGAACAAAACUGGAAGAAAUAAAGAGCAAAAUGAUUCUGCAGGGUAUGAAGAGAUAAAGAAUGAAAGUUAAAGUAAGAAAAUAGAUAGGUUUUUUCAAUUGUUGGGAUUAUAUUUUAGGUAAGUCACUCUCCAUUUACUAAAAUGAUGAUAUUUAGUUGAAUUAGCAUGAUCUUAUAAUAUUUUAGUUACAAAUAUUGUCCCGCGUGAUGUGACGGGGAAUGGUUUUCUAAUUAGGAUGGAUUUUAGGAGGACCUGAAAUGUAGAACUAAAACAACAAUAUUACAUUGAUAUACGGUUAAA